GCGUUCUUUGCUUUGCAUGCAGACAAGCGGAGGAAGUUCGAGAAUGAUGGGCUCGAUGAGCCCGAGUUGCUGGCGAAGAUGAUCAAGAAGCCAUCAUACCAGCCAACCGUGGACAUUCCACAGGAUGUCUACCAAACCAUGUGGAAUUCCGCCAGCGCAGGCAACGUUCCCUGCAUCGCGGGGCUUGAGCCCUCCGCGCAGGGCAGACACCUGCCCGCAAUACGGGGAAAGCAGUCAAAUUGGGAAGUGCCGCGAGAAUAUGGCGGACCUCGUCUGGUUGAGGACUUGAGUGCCGCGGUGAUUGCGCCAUGGAUGGGCUCUGAGGCGCAUGCAGAAUACCGCAUCACCCGACCAUUCCUCACCCAGGCUCAGAAUGAGGCUCUGCUUCAAGCAUGGUUUCAGGAGCCCACUGAUCGACUGUUUCAUGACCUGGAGACAAUGUCCCCACGACAAUUCUUCAGGUGGUACGAGAAUGCAGUCUGGGAUCACGUAGGACAGCUCGCUUUGCGGAAAAUGCUGCUGCGGGAUGUCUCGGUCAUGACUUCCUACGAAGGCGCCACAUUCCAAUACCUGGAGGCGCAUGUCAAGAAGUACGAGACUUACCCGGGCAUCCGGGGCCCCAGCGAGCGACAGGCAUGGUCGCACGAUCCAUGGCCACGCGCAACGCUGGGGGGGCGCCGGAAGUCACGCGACCAGGAGUACAUAGUGGAGUUCCAGGACAGCCUUGUUCACUGCACCUGGCUGAAGCGCGCUGAUCACAUAUCGCCUGAGCCCGACCACAGGCGUGAUCAGGGGAUGCCUGAGAUCGACUUCGACCCAACUCCCCUCUAUUCGGCGCCGUUGCCAUACUUCAAUUUGCGACAGCGAGUCUUGCAGGGGGAGACAGCGAGGUGCGUCAACAUUGAGCGCAAA